AUGGGAAUCGCAAAUAAAAAUAAACCAUAAAUGAAGUAUAGACGCGUAUACACAUGAAGAGAUGAGAGUGGAAUUAUACAAAUAUAUAGCAAGCAUAAAAAGAACCGAAAUUCCUUUUCUUUUUCUCGUUAAAAAAGCAUUUGUUUCCCUUUAAUUUGUCUUUGUUCUCCUUCUCUCUUCUCACUUUCCUUUUUGAUUUUGUGCUCUCUUCGCGUUUCUCUUUGGUCAUCUUGCUUCCUCUCUUUCGUUUUGCCUUUCUUAUUUUUGAUUCCCCCACCAAGUUUUUUUUUGCUGGAGUUCUUUCCCUUAAAGAUCCAUCAAACUUUAAUAAAGAAGGAAGAAGAAAGAGAUAAUAAAGGGUAGAAGGAACAAUGGCUUUCUCAUCUAAUUGGUCACAGGUUUACUUCUUUGAUCUUCCAUUACUAAAUCCUACGAAUUCGAAUCAUCAGCAUCAUCAUCAGCACCAGCUUCUCGAAAAUGGAAGUAUAAUUAGUGGCCACGGACUACUCUCUCACCAACUUCCACCUCUCCAAGCAAACCCUAACCCUAGCCACCAAUAUGUCGCUACCUCUGCUGGUCUUCCGUCGAGAUCGAUGGCGGAGAGAGCGAGGCAAGCCAAAAUUCCUCCACCUGAGGGACCCCUAAAGUGUCCUCGAUGCGACUCUAGCAACACUAAGUUCUGUUACUACAACAACUACAACCUCACUCAGCCUCGUCACUUCUGCAAAGGUUGCCGUCGCUACUGGACACAAGGCGGCGCCCUGAGAAACGUCCCUGUCGGUGGAGGCUGCCGGAGGAAUAACAAGAAGGGAAAAAAUGGAAAUUCAAAAUCUUCUUCUUCUUCGUCCAAACAGUCUUCUUCCUCGGCCAACGCUCCAAGUCCUAGCUCAGGACAGCUAAGGACAAAUCAUCAGUUCCCGUUUUCACCAACUCUUUACAAUCUCACUCAACUCGGAGGUAUUGGUUUGAACUUAGCCGCUACUAAUAGCAACAACCAAUCUCACCAAAUCGGUUCGAGUUUGAUGAACGAUUUAGGGUUUCUCCAUGUUGGAAAUGGACGAAAUACUUCAACUCCGAUGACGGGAAACAUUCAUGAAAACAACAACAACAACGAAAACAACCUGAUGGCAUCCGUUGGAUCCUUGAGUCACUUUGCUCUCUUCGAUCCAACAACGGGGCUAUACGCUUUCCAGAACGAGGGUAAUAUCGGAAACAACGUUGGGAUAUCUGGUUCUUCUACUUCAAUGGUUGAUUCUAGGGUUUACCAGACGCCUCCCGUAAAGAUGGAAGAACAACCUAAUUUGGCUAACUUAUCUAGACCGGUCUCCGGUUUGACGUCUCCUGGGAAUCAAACAAAUCAGUACUUUUGGCCCGGUUCGGAUUUCUCGGGUCCUUCUAAUGAUCUCCUGUGAGAUUUAUGUGUUUUUGUCGGAUCAUUAAUGUAUGUUACGACGUGAAGAUUGAUUAAAAGGACUACGAACGGUCAGGAUUAACUGCAUGCAGAGUAUAUGCUCAGGACGAUGAUCGUGGAGAAGUACUAGGACAAACUAAAAGGUAUCUUAAUUAGAGAUUGUGGUUUAAAACUUCGAUUUGUUUGUAUUGCGUGAUUUCAUGGUUGAUCUGAUUCUGAAGUUGCUAUAUAUGUCUCAAUACAUGUGUGUAACAGUCCAAUUUCUAUACUCUUUAGACUGAGUUUCAUUAAAUAUAUAAUAUUUGCUUGUUCUAUCUAA